AUGAUGAUGCCUUUGGAGAGGGAGGACUGGAUUCAGGUUGCGCUAGCAGAUGCAGUUCAAGAAUGCUUAGAAAGGGUUCACAUUCAGGCUCUUCGGUCUAACUCAGCCAAGUCAGUGAAAGAUGAGCUUAAAGCACCAUUCGACCUUAUAAUGGAGACUGCUGAUGAGGUAGCGUCCAUCGUCAUUGAUCGAGGCUACGAUCUAUGUCCCUUGCUUUGGUCCAAUAUAUUGGAAGUAAAAUCGAGGCAAGGCAAAAUUGGAGCCCUCAUCAAUGACACAAUGUGGCCUCUCAAAUUCAUUUACAAGAAGGAUGAGACGACCGGCCAAUGGAUGGUGUUCGAACACAAUGCAAUUCUAGAUGUGGUUCUUGGCAUAGUGUGGAAACUCAAAUACCUGCUCAAUGUCACUGACCUCCAUAACCUGUACUGCACGGCUGUAGCUGCAGUCUACUGCGUGUUAUUGCGACUUUCUUCCGGAAAGUUGAAUCGUACAAUCCUCUUCACAAGCAAAGCUUUCAGAUUUAUGUAUGACAUAUCGAUGAAGCACAUUACUGACGUCAUCGAGAAGGACAGUGUCUUAGGAAAGCGAUGA